AUGAAGAUGGAGGCUCCAAAUCAUGUUGUAGCAGCAACCGCCACCAGUAUCCCGCAUGUGAAGAAGCGGCCCAGGAGAAGCCGGGGGAGGGGAGAUCCUCGCAACGCGAGAAUGCGAGAAGAAGCGGCCUACGAGAAGCAGAUGAAACAAAAGAAACGGGAGGCAGAGGAGAAGCUCAAGCAGCAGCAACAGCAACAAACCGUCCAAGCGUUAUCGCGUAGAGGUCGCCGUCGCCAUCAUCUCAUUCCAGCCAAGUCUCGCAUACAAAUCACAAGACCUGAGGUUCUGUCAACAAAUCCUCCUCCUCUAUUAACACAGCUGCAGACACCUCUCUGCCCUUUUUCUUCUUCUUCCUCUCCUUCUUCACCUUCUUGUCAACCCCCACUUCAUCUUCCUUCAUCUUCUCAACAGAGUCUCCUUUCUCCUCACUUAGUAGCAGCAACAGCGGCUAUAUCAGAACGACCACAACUCCCUAGUUGCCCCGGUGUCGACGUCUAUGGCUACUACCCACCAGGGCAAGAUCCCUCCAAUGCACACUUAGAAAUGGCACAGCGCCCUGAGCCCUUAUCUGACUCUCGGCCCGGUCGCAGAGCUGGGUUGAACGUUUCUUCACCUUCGACACGAUUUACGGGCAGAGAUACUGACUCCAGAAACACCUCUCCCAUCAAAGGCGAGUGGGCUUCGUGGGAGUCAGUUACGCUCUCACUAACUCGAAUCCCUAAAAAUGCCAAUACCUUCACGCUGUUUAAGUCAUUUUCCGCAUAUGGCAAUAUCGAUUACAUUGAGAUCUAUAAAGGGAACCGAGAAGGGCAAGGCAAGAUUCAAUUUAAACCGCCACCACGAGAUGACUUCUGGAACAAUAGGAGAUACAAGUUGGCACUUGAAAACAAUGAAUCUGUGCUAUUAGGUAUCAAUUUGGAGACCCAGAGGCGUAUUUUAGAAAUAGCGAGCCCUACUAGACCAGGGGUGAAAUAUCCUGCAACCAUUGAAUUACAUGCUCUGUCAGUGGAUUUCGGAUCCAUGAUUGAGGAAAGAUCUUUUCUUCGGCUAAGAUCUCUUCCCUCAAAUAGAAUAGGGGCUGUUCGUCUGGUCCUCAACGUUGAACAUCGGGAACUGUGCAUAUUUGUCAACGUACCGAAGGUCUCCGCAAACCUCUCCGAAAAUACCGAAAAUUCACGUCCGGGGAAUCCAUUUCGGUUUUGUAUCAGGUUUUCACAACUGACGAACAUCUUUCAAAUAAGGAGCUUGGAACAGGCCUCCCUGGUGAUCCCUUUGGAUUCGCCAGCAAUUUGCCAUCAGCAGAUUACCGCCUUAGAAAAGGAACAUUUUCCGGAGAAUGAAAAUGUCUGGAGCUCGCGGGAUACAUGGUUCCGACAAACAGAUAUUGUUCGCUACCCUGAAAUAAUCACUCGCACGCCGGUCAAUCUUAGGAAACAGAAUUCGUAUAUUAACUUUGGGCGCUGGACAACUUUUCGACUUGCGUUCCACGAGAAUACUCUGCGCGAUGAUAACAAGUUCCAAAAUUUUAAUAAUGCGCUUAAGGACUUUAAUGUCAACAUUCUAGAGACCGAUGAUAUUAAAGUCAUCGAAAGGGCUGAACCUAUAUCUACAGUUUGGAAAUGGAUUGAUGCUCCCUCCACGCAUAGAUCACGACCUCGAUCGUCAUUAGAAGAUUUGGGAGAAGACGAGUACAUUCCCCUUCCCUUCUCUGUUCGAUAUCAGCUAGAGGUAUGCAUGUCCCAUCGGUACAUAAAUGAAUACACAAUCGAAGAAACGUUUGUCCGUCGACUGGUUCAACUAGGCGAAAAAAAAGCGAAAGAGCUUCUCGAGCACGUUGCCAUGAACAAGACUAUCUAUUACGAUCCAAUGGGGAUAUUCAACAUACCAUUUCCCAAAGGAGCGACCAAUGGUAGAAUCCCGGGUCAUUGUUGUUACAUUAGGAGUGCUGAUGUUACCCCUUCUACUAUUUGUUACGACAUUCCAUCUGUUGAUACUUCUAAUCGUGUAUUCCGCUACCAUCGGGAGCAUGCAGACCGCUUUCUCCGUGUCCGGUUCUGCGACGAGAAAUACAUAGGUAAGAUAUAUCCCAACAAUAGCGGCAAUAGCCAGUGCAUGGAAAAAGUCUAUGCGCGAGUCCUGCGUACGUUGCAGCACGGUAUCACAAUAGGCGAUCGACGGUACGAAUUCCUGGCAUUCGGCAACUCUCAGCUUAGGGAGCAUGGAGCAUACUUCUUUGCUUCACUACCGCAUCUCACCGCUGCCAAUAUCCGUGCUCAAAUGGGCGAUUUGAAUAAUAUCAGAGUUGUUGCCAAAUACGCAGCGAGAUUAGGACAAUGCUUUUCAACCACCCGUGCAGUUACUAGCUGUCCAGUACAGAUUAAGAAGAUUGAUGAUAUCGAGCGAAACGGUUACGUAUUCUCAGACGGGGUGGGUCGUUUAUCGCAUUUUUUGACUCAGAUGAUCCAAAGCGACCUUGGAAUUAAAACUCCAUCGGGGGAGCCACCUUCGGUCUUUCAAUUCCGGCUUGGUGGCUGUAAAGGCAUUCUCGCAGUUUCACCUGAAGCUCGUCAACGAGAGGUACAUAUUCGAAGGAGUCAAUUCAAAUUCCCAGCUUCCCAUAACGGGCUCGAAAUAAUCCGAUAUUCUCAUUUCUCUUACGCAACUCUAAACCGCCAGCUCAUUCUUAUUUUGUCUGCCCUGGGAACUCCUGAUGAAGUAUUUAUUGCCAAGCUCAGUAUGAUGUUGGCUAAUUUAGAGCAGGCUAUGACUGACGAGGACAAGGCUGUCUCUCUUCUACAAAAAUAUGUUGACCCAAACCAGAUGACGUUGGUUCUUGCGGAUAUGAUACGUGAUGGCUUUCAGGGCUCACGGGAGCCAUUUGUUUCAUCCCUACUUGAAUUAUGGCGUACUUGGCAAAUCAAGUAUCUCAAAGAGAAGGCCAAGAUUGCAAUAGAUGAGGGGGCCUUUCUUUUAGGCUGUAUCGAUGAGACCAAGACCCUGAAAGGAUACUUUCGCAGUGCGCGGCCAAAAGCAAACUCAACCUACCAGGAAAGGGUAGAUUGCCUUCCCGAAAUAUUCGUUCAAGUCUGGCGGCACAGCGAAGGCAAAUACGCUGUUAUUGAGGGCCUCUGCAUUCUCGCUCGAAAUCCGUCACUUCAUCCGGGAGAUAUUCGCGUUGUCAAGGCGGUUGAUGCCCCUGCGCUGCACCAUCUUAGGGACGUUGUUGUACUGCCACAAACUGGAGAUCGAGACCUUGCAAACAUAUGUUCUGGGGGUGACCUGGAUGGCGAUGACUAUAUCGUCAUCUGGGAUAAAAGUAUGUUACCGACGGACUGGUUUCACGAGCCAAUGGACAAUUGUGCCCCAAAGCCUGAAGUUCUGGAUCGCGACGUCACUGUUGACGAUAUCACCAAGUUCUAUGUAAACUAUAUGCAGAAUUGCUGUCUUUCACAAAUUGCCCGAGCACACAUGGCUUUGGCUGACUUUCAAGAAGAUGGGGUUAAGGAUGAAAAGUGUAUUCAACUCGCAGCCUUGCAUUCCGCAGCAGUUGAUUACAACAAAUCUGGAAUACCAGUUCGAAUGACUCGAAAUCUGAAGCCAAAAGUGUGGCCCCAUUUCAUGGAAAGGAAAAUGAAAAAUAAAAACGCGGAGUACCGUUCUGCAAAAAUUCUGGGUCAAUUGUAUGAUAUGGCUAGCCACAUUGAUAUCCGAUCAAAGAUCCAGUUUUUGUCUCCUGAGGAAAGACCACAGUUCGACAAGCGGAUUUUAAAAUCAGGGAUUGAGGUUGACGAGAAAUUAUUGAGCGUUGCAACCGACCUCAAAAUGCAGUACGAUACGGAUAUGCGGCGGAUCAUGGCCCGGCACGAAAUCGAAACCGAACUCGAAGUCUGGUCAACGUUCGUACUAAGUCAUUCGGAGAUGUCGAAUGACUACAAAUUCCAUGAAGACAUUGGUCGCAUCUCAUCCGCCCUGCGGGAGAAGUUCAGCACGCUCUGUCAGGAAAAAGCAGGCGGUAACGACUUUGAACACCUCGCGCCUCUUGCCGUCGCGAUGUAUAAAGUGACCAGCGAACAGAUGGAGGCGGCUAUGGCUGAAAAAUCCGCUGUCCUCAUUGAGAAUAACAAAAUGGAGAAAAGGUUGCCUCUCAUUAGUUUCCCUUGGGUGCUCCAGCAAGUACUCGGAAAGAUCGCGAAUGGGUGUUUUGAGAGUCCAUUGAAUCACAGACGGUGUCCCGCCAUUAUUCAGGUCGAAAUUCCCCGCGCUCCCAAACCUAUCAAAGCCAUCAAUAUUCUUGUCUCCCCGGACGCGGAAACUGAAGGCGGCCUGAAGUAUGCUGGCGAUGUCUUGCAGCUUUUCGAUGACUCCGAAUCCAAAGAGGAGCUGUUUGAGUAUCUCAGUGAACAAUCCGACAAGCCCGAAGCGCCGGCCGGUCAAGAUGAGGGUAUAAUUACCCCAUCGUUUCAAAAAAUCCAUGGCCCAAACGGUGAGGGCGCAGAUCUACUUAUUGCCUUCAACGAUGAUACCAGCACUCCGUCGAUUUCUCUGCCAUAUCCAAACAUCCAAGGCAAAAUUACCAUACCGGCACGAGAACCACUCACUCCGAACAUCGCUCCGCCUGCAAGGGCCCUCGAUCUGAAUGGGAUUGAAUUUAGAUCCGUUUCGCAAGCGUAUUUCGCAAACUCCUACUUACCAGCUACUCAAUGUGAAGCUAAUGGCUUACAAGUGGGAGAUGCAAAUAGGCAGAGAACCAAGCAAAAUGCUAAACCGGCUUGGAGUUUGGCUGUAGCGGUCGGGAGUCAAGAAGACAAAGGAGAAGAAGAAGGACAUAGGGAAGAGAUCAUCGAGUUUGGACACGAUAUACAAACUUCAGCACUGGAUGAACUUGAACAGCUUUUGGGGAUGAAUUGAUGAUGGGUAUAUCGAAAUAGCCACGGCCCGGGGUGUUGAGGGGGAGGGAGGAGGGAGGAGGGAGGGGCAGGAAGGGGGAGGAAGGUCUACCUUGGGAUAUGGUUUUGUUUUCUUGCACCCUCCUUCAAUUCAUUCUACUUCUUUAGAUUUAUCCUUUCAUUUUUACUUUUUCAAUGUUCUUGCGCAUUCACAUGCUGUUGGGGGGAUUCAAGGUUCUGCGCGGCGGUAAGGGAUUUGGUAGCUUGAACUUGUGGUCGUGGUAUCACUCAAGGACCCUACCGGGGGAGGGGCAUCUAGGUAAUAAGUUCUUUGCGUAAUUAAACUUCAAAAUUAAAAUUGACAAAAUGGCCUUUCAGACAGAA